AAAAAAUAUCUUAAUUAUGUCAUUUGAAAACUUUAGAAUAUCUCAUAACAUAUCUUCUUUUGAAAAGAUCAUACACAUAGAAGAAUGGCAGCUUUAGCAUCAAACCCUCAAAUACUAACGACACAAGGUCACAGUAAUCACAAGAAGGAACAACUCUGGAGGAAAGAGAGUUUGAAUUUGGAGAAGAAGUGUGGGUUUUGUUGUGUGAAGGUUUACAAUUAUGAAAAGCUUGGGAGGUCACAAGUAGAGAAAGAGUGGAGGUUAAAGGCUUUUUGGUCAAACGUAUCACAGCCUGAGACUAUUGAGAUGGUACCCAUUAACGACGUUGAUGAGCUUGAAGCUGUUCUCUCUGACGCACGCAACCUCUCUCAGCCUAUCAUCAUCGAAUGGAUGGCUUCUUGGUGUCGGAAAUGUAUUUACUUGAAGCCUAAGUUGGAGAAAUUAGCAGCAGAAUAUAAUAACCGAACAAAGUUUUACUACGUGGAUGUGAACAAGGUGCCUCAGACUUUGGUGAAGCGUGGCAACAUUUCGAAAAUGCCCACAAUUCAGUUAUGGAAGGAAGGAGAGAUGAAAGAGGAAGUGAUAGGAGGUCACAAAGGAUGGCUUGUCAUUGAAGAAGUCAGAGAAUUGAUCAACAAAUAUGUCUGAUCCUCUUUUUUCUCUUCCCCAUAUCUUUUCUGUUAAUCUGUACAGUCGCUUUUAAUUUUUUUUGCUUUCUUCAUAUUUUUUGACAUUGAGAAUGAGAAAGAUAACUAAAGUUGAUAAGCUUUGUUUUAACUUUGCAAUCAAUUUUGUCAAAGAUUAAAU